CAAUCUUCCGACCCUUACCCAUUUGAAGAAAAUUUUAUGAUCCACCACUUUCAAGAAAUCUCUGGACUAAAAACAAAAAUGGAAAGAACGUAAUUAUUUUUUAAAUUAAUGAUCGAAAUUUUCUUACAGAGUCGUCGCCAUUUCACAUGAGCUCAGUGUCCACGUCAUCAUCGGUUGCUCCGAACAGUCAAAUUCUGAAUAGAAAUUCAGGGGUGGAAGAAGCAGUAGCUGAGAAGCUGAGAGACAUGGCUCUGGUUCCUAAUCCUGCUGUUGACGAGGGCCCUUUGUUUGCCGAGGUGGACAUGGGGGCCGACGCCUCCGCCCCCACCGUCCGCGCCACCGUCGUCCAGGCGGCCACCGUCUUCUACGACACCCCUGCCACUCUUGAUAAAGCUGAAAGGCUGCUGGCUGAAGCAGCCUCAUAUGGCUCUCAGUUAGUUGUGUUUCCUGAAGCAUUCAUUGGUGGCUAUCCACGUGGAUCAACUUUUGGUGUUUCAAUUGGUAACCGUACAGCCAAGGGCAAAGAGGAGUUCCGGAGAUAUCACGCUGCUGCUAUUGAUGUUCCUGGUCCUGAAGUUGAACGUUUAGCUGCAAUGGCCGCGAAAUAUAAGGUUCAUUUAGUGAUGGGGGCUAUAGAGAGAGAUGGAUAUACCCUAUACUGCACUGUUCUGUUUUUCGACCCUCAAGGUCAUUUCCUUGGAAAGCAUAGGAAAGUCAUGCCUACGGCUCUGGAGCGCAUAAUCUGGGGCUUUGGAGACGGGUCAACAAUCCCUGUUUUCGACACACCUAUUGGGAAAAUCGGGGCUGCAAUUUGUUGGGAAAAUAGAAUGCCACUUUUAAGGACAGCAAUGUAUGCUAAAGGUGUUGAAAUAUAUUGUGCUCCUACGGCUGAUUCGAGGGAUGUCUGGCAAGCUUCGAUGACCCACAUUGCCCUUGAAGGAGGGUGUUUUGUGCUCUCUGCCAACCAGUUCUGCAGAAGAAAAGACUAUCCACCUCCACCGGAUUAUGUCUUCUCCGGUGCAGAGGAAGAACUCAUGCCGGAAUCUGUUGUCUGUGCUGGCGGCAGUGUCAUAAUCUCUCCAUCGGGGACUGUGCUGGCAGGGCCGAAUUAUGAAGGGGAAGCACUCAUAUCCGCAGAUUUGGAUCUUGGCGAGGUGGUUCGGGCAAAGUUCGACUUUGAUGUGGUCGGCCACUACGCGCGCCCUGAGAUCCUCAGCCUCGUCGUGAAGGACCACCCCAUGACCCCUGUUUCCUUCACCUCGGCAUCAAGCAAGCCCGACGUUCCCUAGCAGACACGCACUAACGUCCAAAAUGCAGGUUCAUUCACCUAAGCCUUCUAGGUCGAGUAUGCUGUCGCUGUCCUUUAAUUGUCUGAAUAAUUUUCUCAAUUAUUGUAUAUAUAUUCUCAUGGAUUUGUCCCAACAUUCUUAUCUUUGGGUGAGAUGAUGCAUUCUUACAAUGUACCAGGUAUCAUGCAUCGUCAAAAUACAGUGUUCAUAUAUGUAUAUUCUACCAAAAACAUAAUGCAGACAGUCUCUCCCUCUC